AUGCCUGGGUUCGCAGAUUCCUUUUGGACUUCUGGCGACUACGCAGGAGGCCUCGGCGUACUCUUUGGCAAGCUCCAGCAAGGUGUCGCGGAGAACCAGCAGAUCCUCACCAUCGCACGACUACGCGCGGAGGCAGAGGAUGUAUAUGGCAUGCGUUUGGGCGACAUUGGCCCUGCAACGGAUAGGAUAACUGGCGGAUUCUCCCGCGACGAUGGAGCAAGUGUUCGAAAGGCUUAUGAUGGAGUGCGGACAGAAAUGGAAGAAGCAGCAAAAAACCAUCGCAAGAUUGCCCAAAGCAUCAGAGACCUCGUUGUCGCCCCGUUCAGCAGAUGGUGCGAUGCACAUGAAUCUCGAAUUCAGAAUUCACAGGAUGAUCUUAUGGCACGAAUAAAGCUUCACGACAAGCAAGCGGAGUCGGUUAAGAAACUGCGAAGCCAUUAUUUUAACAAAUGUCGACUAGUCGAAGACAUCGAGGAGGAGAAUAAGUUAGCAUUCCAAGAUCCCGAAACCAGCCCAAAGCCGGCCAUACCAGAGAUCAAGGUGUCUGAGAAGGAAGAGGAAGAGGAAGAACCUCUUGAUAUUGGCGACGAGAUCUACCAGCCAGAACAGGUUAGGAAGAUCCUGGCGCACAUCUUGCAGACAGUACAGCUCGGCGAGACAAAAGUUCCCAUUCUAGGCACAUACAUGAACACAACAGCUGGGGCAGAUAUCGUUGAAUACUUCCAGAAAUAUAUGGGUACGACCAGCGUUAGCCAUUCCGAACGACUUGGACAAGAUCUUAUUACUCACGGAUUCCUUCGACUAAUUGGAAAUGUCGGAAACGUUUUCGCUAACAGCUCCAAGCUGUUUUACCAAUGGAAGCCGAAAGCGUUUCAAUGGUCUGGUGUGCUUGAAAAGAAACUGCCACUAAGCCGCACUUUCUCGAUAACAUCCAAUACCGACAAUCUAGAUUCUCCGGUGGGCACUGUAACUGAAUAUUUGGCGGGGUGGAACCCUCUCAACACCUCGCAUCCAAACGAGACACCGGGCGACCGACUUCGGAGAGAGGCAGCAGAGGCGGAUGAGCGGUACAAGGCUGGAGUCCGAAAGCUGGACCUCUACCGUUGCCAACUGGAAGAGGCCAUAAUCGAACACUUUACAUACCUGGAGCGUUGUGAGCUCGACAGGCUGAAGGCCAUGAAGACAAUCAUUCUAGACUUUUCGGGCACCAUAAGCAACGUCAUCCCAAGCUUGCAAUCUACCGUGGAUAACAUGAUGCUCUACCAAGAAACCGUUCAACCACUUGGAGAUCUGCGAUACCUACUCGAAAAUUACCGCACCGGUGGCUUUGCUCCCAAGGUCACUGUCUACGAGAACUACUACAACUCUGCGGACGAACAGACCUUUGGUGUUGAUCUAGAGGCAAGGGCCCGAAGUGACAGGAAGCGCGUGCCGUCUAUUAUCACCACCAUACUUACGUUCUUGGACAACCGAUAUCCAGACCUUGAAGGUGACGAGGCUCGGCGAAGUGUUUGGCUGGUUGAUGUGCCUCUUGCUCAAACGCACAGACUACGAGAAUUGCUCAAUACUGGAAAGCCUUUUAGUAUUGAAUCUCUAGAGCCUUUUGAGGUUCCUAUUAUUGCCAGCGUGCUCAAAUUAUACUUAUUAGAACUUCCAGAUUCCUUGGUUUCGUCACAUGUCUACGAAAUUAUGAAAACAAUCUACUCGACACCUGCAUCCGAGAGUUCGGAUUCUACCCGAAUCUCUGUUCUACAAAAUACCCUCAGCCAGCUACGCCUUGCCAACAUCGCGACGCUUGAUGCACUUAUGACACAUUUCACCAGACUCAUCGAGUUGACAUCAGCUGAUGAAACUUACGUUGCUGCAUUAGCUACAACACUGGCACCAUGCAUCCUCCGGCCGAAAGUAGAGACCUCUAUGACCAUGGAAGAGAAAUAUUCUUACCGGCUCAUCCGUGAUCUCUUCACUCACAAAGUUGCCAUCUUCAGUGAACUUAAGCGUGCUUCCUCACUGUCGCACACAAUUAGCGUCGAUACGCGGCCGCGAGCCAUUAGUACUGACGAGAGCAACCGAAAAGCCAAUAUGGAAGCGCGUGCUCGUGCGAUCAUAGCUGCAGGAGGUGGAUCACGCAGCAGAAACCCAAGUCCAGCUCCGUCCCCACGUGGCCAUCGUAGGGAUCGCAGCUCUGGAGGACCAGAGACCCGGUUCCCUAUACAAACAUCUCCCACAGCUUCGAGAAGCGCUGGGCCGCAGCCCACUGCAAGACAAAGCCUAGAAGUCCCAAGCGAUGCUGCUGUUAAAGCCACCGAGCCACCAAAUGGGUCAGUUACGAAUGGAUCCGUAGAAGCCCAGACCAGCGCAACGUACAUCCCAGGAAUGGAUGACGGUAUGGGCGAGAUUGGCGUGGAGAAACGGAAUAGCCUAGGGAGACAAGGACCUGCUGCUGCCUCCCGGUUUCCUGCUCGCAGAAAUCCCGGAUUGGCAAGGAUGAGCCAGAGCCACGAACAGGGAAAGAGGGACAGCGUUGGCAGUAUAGUUGGGCAUGAUGAUGGUGUUGGGGAUAAAUUUGGUCAUGGUGUUACUUUGACAGACAGGCCUAUGGAUGAUUGA